AUGGAAGACAAGUUUGAUGAAGGUCCGCGCAACUACAACGAUGAGUCAAGUGUCGUUGAGUUUGAUGAUCAUGAUGAGGACGAAGAAAAAGAAGAAGGUAAAACUGACGACGACAUGGACUCGAGCGACGAUGACAACGAAGACACCAGGUCUUCGAAGAGCAACAUCAAGAGACACACGCGCACUCAAUCACUUGAGAAAGCUACCGUCAUUCAAGUCCCAAGCGAAGAACAUACAGAGGUCCGUCGCUUGAGCAUGUUGGGGGAAACGCCGACUACAUUCAAGUCGGCGAUGGAAUCAAGCGACUCCGGCAAGUGGAAAGAAGCGUGUGACUCGGAGUUCGAUUCGCUUCAGAGAAACGACACGUGGGAAAUCGUGCCUCUUCCGAAAGGUCGCAAGGCCAUCGGGUGCCGAUGGGUUUUUCGUGUAAAGGAGAAUCAAGAUGGCGAAGUUGAACGUUUCAAGGCAAGACUUGUGGCCAAAGGAUUCUCACAGAAAUUCGGAGUUGACUAUGAAGAAACUUUCGCACCGGUGGCCAAGUUCACAUCGAUUCGUGUGGUGCUCAGUAUGGCGGCCAAGUACGGCCUAAUGCUACAUCAGAUGGACGUCAAGACAGCGUUUCUUAACGGCUCCCUCAACGAAGACAUCUACAUGGACCAGCCGGACGGAUACCUGGAUGCAACACAGCCGGACUAUGUGUGCAAGCUAAAGAGAUCACUCUACGGCUUGAAGCAAUCGCCUCGCAUGUGGAACCAAACAAUCGAUGGGUUCAUGAUCAAGAUGGGAUUCAAGAAGUGCGAAUCGGACCACUGCAUCUACAUCAAGCGAGACGACCAAGACAUGAUUCUCGUGGUGCUCUACGUCGAUGAUCUCAUCCUGGCCAGCAGCAACAACGAACUCCUCAAGUCAACCAAGAUGGCGCUGAGCAAACGCUUCGAAAUGACGGAUCUCGGUGAGCUCGAUUACUUUCUCGGCAUGGAGAUCAAGAACGACCGUAAGACGGGAAUGGUGACCGUACAACAAACCAAGUUUCUCAAGUCCGUGUUAACCAAGUUCGGAAUGGAUAACAGCAAGCCAGUGAAGACGCCUCAAGAUCCCGGCCUGAAGCUAACCAAGAACAUGUGUGAACAAGAAUGCAAGCACGAAGACACCAUGUGCAACGUGCCAUAUCGAAGUGCUGUCGGAGGCAUCAUGUAUCUCAUGGUCGCCACACGUCCGGAUCUAGCUGCUGCAGUGGGAUCAUUAUCCCAGUUCUCGUCCGACCCAUGCCCGACUCACUGGCAAGCUUUGAAGCGUGUGCUGAGAUACCUGCAAGCAACGCCCAAUCAUGGUCUUGAGUUUACACGUGAAGAAGGAAGCCGUAUCUGCGGGUACACCGACGCAGACUGGGCCGGCGACAUUGAGUCAAGACGAAGUACAAGCGGCUAUGUGUUCAUGAUGAGCGGAGGAUGCAUCAGCUGGAAAAGCCAGAAACAACGGACGGUCGCGCUAUCUUCAACAGAAGCAGAAUACAUGGCGCUUUCCGAAGCAACCAAAGAAGCAGUAUGGCUCAAAGUGCUUUUGGGGAACUUGGUGAGAUGA